GUGACACCGCCCGGAAUUACUGCAUGAAACUCACUUCCUGCCCGGGCACAGAAGCUGAAUCCAGGUCCACGCACGGGAACCCGGAAAACCAGCUCGACCAAAGCCGGGGAGCAGAAGGCGGGCGGGGGGGGGGAGGUGUCUGUCUCUCCCGCCGCCGAGGACCGUCCGAGCCCCGGCCACAGAGAUGGACGAUCGGAAUCCAGUCGCGCGAAGCUGCCGAGUGCGCUCGCGGUGCGACCAAGCCGACGACGCACCCCACUGCGGGCUCCUCCCGGUCCGGCGAGCGCGGCUACACCGCGCCCCUUCCUCUGCCGCCGCGGCCCUCGCUAGGCCAGCUCCCGCAGCCGCAGCCGCAGCCGCAGCCGCCGCCGGGGUUAUUGUCUCGACCGCGCCUGCCGCGCCCUUCGCCCGCGCCGCCACCGCCACCGCCACCGGGGUCCCGAGUCCUGGGAGAAAGAGGGAGGGGGCAGGCACGCGGGCCGGCCCCCGCCCCCGGCCGUCAGUCCGCCCGGCCCGGGUCUCCGUCCCCUCCUCCUCCCCACCCCCUGCCCUCGCCUAGGGCUCGCGGCUUCCCGCCCGUGCCCCGCUCCCGCAGCCCCGGACCGCUGUGGCGGAGGAGGAGGCUCCGCGAUUGCGGACGGGGUGCGAGGCAGAGCGCAGAGGGAGAGAGACGGACGCCGCCGCCGAGGGUAACGCCGGGGCCGCGGCCGGCCGCGCUACAUUCACUAGACACCGACCCGAGGGGAGGGGAAGAAGGCGGAGGAGGGGGGAGGGACCGGGCUGGGGCCGAAGCAGGAGGGAGCGCGGCCUCUCCGGCUGAGGCUGGCGGGGAGCAAGCAGCAACAGCGCCCCCCGACCAGGACGGGGGGGAAGGCUCUGCGCGCGGCGGCGGAGGGGGAGGGGAAGAGGGCGGGGCCGCGGCGGGAAGCGGCCUCCAGCCGGCUCUCACCCCAACUGCCAGGCCCGGCGGGGCGGCGGGAGGCCGGCGCGAGCCAGUCAGCUCGCGGGGGCGGCGAGACGGCCCAAUGGCUCGCCUCGGUCUCUGGGGAGGGGAAAGGAAUGAAAGGAGCUGGGGAGGGGGGCAAGCCGAGCGCGGGGUGGGGGAGGGGCCGCCCGCGGCAGGUUCGAGGGAGAAGUGCACCGAGGUGGAGCCGCUAAGCGUGUCGGGGCCGCCUCCCCCGGCCGCGCCCCCGCCGGGUCCCCGCGUGGCCCCCCGGGGAGCCGAUAAGUGGUCAACAAGUACUAGAGACUAAAUGGACCAGAUCACAACCUUAUGAGCUUUUGAACCAUCAGAAGAGCUAUCAGACAUUCAGCAACUGAAGUCCAUAGAAGAGUCUUCUGAUAGCUAUGCCAUCUAAGCAUGGAGAGGACCGAGACCUGAGAACUGAUCUUUUUGACCAAGUCUUUUUGACCAUAGCUGAGAUGCCGCACCCUGAAAGCCAAGGAAUGAUUAGUCCAAUAACUGCCACACAUUCAGAAGUGAACUAGAUGGGGAGAAUGUUGAUAGUCGCCACUAUAAGCUUCAGUCCACUCUCCCCAGGGACCAAAUUAGUACAAGAGAGCAUCUGGUCUUAGAGGUAUCUGU